CUAUAUAUGUGCACAGUGUGUCUGAGUGAAGUCACAACACAUCAUUUGAGAGAUUCAUACCAUCAUAUACAGUUGCGUCUAAAAUUUGCUAGUAUGUCGACUCUGCGAGUGUUUGCCCUGGCCUUUGCGUGCGCCGUCUCGUGCGUUGAUGGAGACUUUACCCUUACAGGUGUCUGUCCUGAUGGCCGGCAGGCAGGAGAGCGCUGGGUGCCCAAAGAAGACCCAUGUUCGGAGUGCUCCUGUAACCACCUAGGCUGGGGCUGUGAUAGCUGCCCAAUUCUGACACCAAUCAUUGGCUGCUAUCCAGUGCAAGCCGCUGUCCUGCCCUACCCAGAGUGCUGCCCUAGACUCGUGUGUCCACCCUUCCAGCCCUAGGUCACAUCCAGCGACCCCUUUAUGAAAUGAUGUUCACUUGUUGGUUGUGUAUCUGCAUUAAAUGCCAAGGAGUAA